AUGCCCACGGGGGUCGAGUGGGAUCUGUUCCUGCAUCCGUGGGGACUGGGUGUCCCGGUGGGGUCUGACCCCUCCAGUGCCCACGAGGAGCUGGGGAUCGAGGGGGAUCUGUCCCUGGAUCUGUGGGGAGCGGGUGUCCCGGAGGUGCCCACGGAGACCCCCCCAGGGAGGGAGAGCUCCACGUGGGCCAUCCGUGCCGUGUCCCUGGAGAGCUCGGUGUCCCCAGCAGAGCCCGUGGCCCGUGUCCUUUUCCAUCUCCAAGGGCCCGACUGGCUGCCCGGCCGGCGGGACCCCCCCAGGGAAAAGGACCCCCCCACUGAACAGGACCCCCUUGGCCAGAGAGACCCCCCUGGGGAGAGGGACCUUCCUUGUGUCACCCUCCAUGCCCACCACCGUGGCCGGGUGGCCCGUGGGACGUGUCGCCUACAGGCACCUUUGGGCGCCUGCGUGGUGGAGCUGGAGAUCCCACCACGUUGGUUCUCCUCCGUGUCCUCCACCCCACGGAGCCGCCGGCGAGUGGCCGACCCCCCCGGUCACCCCGAGCCCCCCGAACCGGUCGAGUUACACUACGGGGUGGUGGCACCGGGGGAUUGUGGCCGUAACGGGGGUCGGGAACGGAGCCGGGGUGGGGAGACACCCCCCCGUUAUCUGGGCACCUUGGAGCUACGGGCGGCCGAGACGACGCGGUGGCAGGAGGUCCGGCUGGAUGACAAGGUCCUCCUCAAGGUCCCCGAUGUCACCUUGCGCCCGGGCCAGCGCUUCACAGCCACCCUCGCCCUCCGUCACAACUUCACCGCCGACCAGUUGACCCUCCGGAUCAAGGCCAAGAAGGGGUUGCAGGUGGUGGCCGCCCGUCCUGGGUCCCCCAGUGCCUGGACAACCCACCUGGAGCGCAGCCGGGGGCCCAAACACUCCACGGCCGUGGUGACCUGUCGGCGCAGCGGGGACAACCGGGGUGGCUGGAGGGUGGCCGACUCGGGCGCGUUCCUGCACCUGGAGCUGGGGGUGGAGAACGGGACGGGGGGGCUGGCGGGGGCGCGGCCCCUCAGCUGGCAGGUGGAGUACCCCGGGCAGGACCCCGACGCCCAGAAGGACAAACUGGUUUGGGAGAUCCAGGUGGCAGAACGGGACAUCCGUGCCCUCGUCCCCUUAGUGCAGGUCUCGGACGCCUGCGACGCGGUGUUUGUGGGGGGCAAGGAGAGCCGUGGGGCGCGGGGGGCGCGGGUGGAUUUCUGGUCCCGGCGGCUGCACGCCUCCCUGCGCUUCACCGUCUGGGCCCCCCUGCUCCCCCUGCGCGUCCAGCUGGGGGACACCGCGCUGGAGCAGGUCAGGGGCUGGAGGCUGCCCGGUGGCCCCGACAGCCCCCUGGCAGAGGCGGAGGAGCCCGGGGAGGAGGGGGAGCGGCGGGGGAGGGGCGGCCCCCCCGCCCCACCGGCCGGGGCGGGGGGCCUGGCCCAUUUCGUGGCCCACCCCCUGGACGGUGGCCGGCACCUCGCCUACCUGCCCGGCCCGGAGUGGCUCCUGGAUGUCACCCACCUGGUGGCCAGCAGGACCCGGGUGCAGGACCCCCGCGUGGCAUCGCUGGAGGGGGUGCGGUCCCCGCUGUCAGAGUCCAUCCUGGGGGAGCAGACGCUGGUGGUGUCAGAGGAGAAGGUGACGGUGACGGAGCUGCGAGCCCAGGUGGUGGCCGAGCUGGCCCUGGGCCUACAACCACUGCCUGGCCACCCCGGGGUGCUCACCGCCACCGUUUUGGGGACGGCCACCUUGCGUCACCCUAAGCAGGAGGCCACCUUAUCCGUCUGGUUGGCCUUUUCCGACCGCACGCUGGCCCCGCUGGAGCUCUACGGUUGGCAGGAGGUGGCCUUGAGCGUCACCUCGUUGGACCCCUCGGUGGCCACCGUGGGGGGCUCGCCCGGUGUCCCCACCGCUCGCCCCUGGCUGGUGGCCGAAGGGCCUGGACGGGGGGCUCUGCUGCAACUCAACCUUCACCCCCCCGACCCUUGUCGCCGGGCCCGUCACCGAGGAGCCGCGUUGGCCACCGGGGCCGCUUGGUUGGAGGUGGGGACCGGGCAACGUGUCCCUACCCCUGGUAGCCCCCGAGGUGGCCGUCCCCGACCCAGCUUGCCCUUCCCUCGGGCGGAGGGGGCCAUGUCCGGGGAGGCGGUGACGGUGGCCAACGAGCCCCGGAGGAGAGACCCCCCAGGUGUGGGACCUGCCUCCACCAAGCUCCAAGGGUUGGGAGGUUCUUCCUCGGAUGAGGAAGAAGAGGAGGAAGAGGAAGGUUACGGCCACGGCCGCGCCGCCGGUGAGGAGGAGGAAGAGGAGGAAGAUGAGAUGGUGAAGGCUCCUGAAGGGGUGACCGACCUGGAGAUCGGCAUGUACGUCCUGCUGGGGGUCUUCUGCCUCGCCAUCUUCAUCUUCCUCCUCAACUGCAUCUUCUUCGUCCUGCGCUACCAACAGAAGGAGCUGCCGGAUGCCGGGGGGGCUCCUACGGCCCCCCAACCCCAUAACUGGGUCUGGUUGGGCACCGACCAAGAAGAGCUCAGCCGGCAACUGGACCGCCGGCAGCCCGAGCCACCGGUGUCCCCCCCCCAACAACCCCCCCAGGAGCAGCCUGUCCUAGGGGUGUGUGUCCCCCCCACCCCAUCAUGA